AUGGGCACAGCCUUUAUUGCUGGCGGUAUAGCCGCUUGCGGCGCCGUCACGGCUACCCAUCCCUUCGAGACGGUCAAGAUUCGAAUGCAGCUGCAAGGCGAGCUUCAGGACAAGGGACAUCAACCUCACCACUACCGCGGUCCCAUCCAUGGCGUAUCGGUCAUUGUUAGGAAUGAGGGCUUGCGCGGCAUCUACCGCGGUAUCGGCACCGCCUACAUCUACCAGAUUCUCCUCAACGGAUGCCGUCUCGGAUUCUACGAGCCCAUGCGCAAACCGCUAACUAAGCUCAUCUUCGGAAACGAGACGACGCAGAGCCUCGGUAUCAACAUGUUUUGCGGUGCGUCAUCCGGGGUCAUCGGCGCCGCCAUGGGAAGCCCCUUUUUCCUCGUCAAGACCCGCCUGCAGAGUUACUCUCCUUUCCUUCCAGUCGGCACGCAACACAAGUAUAAGAAUCUCUUCGACGGCAUGUCGCAGAUCUACAAGGGCGAGGGCGUUGGGGGGUUGUAUCGAGGAAUCAGCGCUGCGAUGAUUAGGACUGGUAUGGGAAGCUCGGUACAGCUGCCGACCUACUUCUUUGCCAAGAGGAGGUUGGUGAGACAUCUCGGUAUGGAGGAGGGUCCGGCCCUUCACCUUACUAGCAGCGCCGUGAGCGGCUUUGUGGUCUGCUGCGUCAUGCACCCGCCUGACACCAUCAUGUCUCGACUUUACAACCAAAACGGUAACCUGUACAACGGUGUCUUCGACUGCCUUACAAAGACCAUCCGCACCGAGGGAUUCUUCGCCAUCUACAAGGGAUUCCUUCCCCACCUUUCCAGGAUCUUACCUCACACGAUCUUGACCCUUUCCCUCGCCGAGCAGACGAAUAAGUUCAUCCGGAGCCUCGAACUGAGGAUACUGCCUCCAGUAGCAUUGGACACACAGGAGAAGAAACUCUAA